AUGGCUGGCCCAAACUUGCCAUCCAGCUUCGCUUCGGCCGCAGCAGGCCAGAAUUCCGGUCGCGACAGAGGCAGCACCCGAGGUGAAUUUCGCGGCAGUGGCAGUGGCAGUGGUGACUGGUUACGAAGGGACGGCCGUUCUAAUGGGACUGCCAUCCUCCGACGAUCCUCAACCACCCCCUUCAACAACCAAGCGUCCGCUCUCCCUGCGAUAGACAACCUCCUUAACAGCUCCGUCAACGAGCCUAAUCCUUCUUCUGUUUCUCAAUUCGCCCCUGCACAAGACACUGCGAACGGCAAAUACUCCAGAGACGAUCUGUUGGACUUCGGCAAGAUGGCAGACCCAGGCCACGUUGAUCUGCAAGCACUGUUCAUGUCAAGCUUCAGUCCCGACGGCAGUGUCAAUGGUCAAAAUACCAGGGGCUGGGGCAAGCCUAAUGACGCACAUGCUCACAACGAUCCUUCCGUCUGCUGGGACCAACACGGGGAAUUGGGCCCACUUGGUCACCAGGACAUGUCCGCCGAGGAAAAGGAGCUCUACGCCUCGGAUGUCAAUUCUCCCCUGAAACAGCAGCAGCAACAGCAACAGCAACAGCAACAAAAUCAGCAGAACAAGGAGGGCGGUCAGAGUGCAGCCGUCAACGGACGAAAAUCAUCCAUGUCUCACAAUCUAACUUCGCCCUCCGGCGCACCGAGGCCUGGGACCCGCCGCCGGGAGACCACCGACACCAACCCGUUCUCUGGUGGGGGAGGCUUGAUUUCGCCCACCGGCGCUGGGCCGAGUCGAUUUGACAUGUCGUGGCUGGGAAGGAAUCGCGCUGACACGAGGGAGAUCGACGCGCCUGACGAAUCAAACAAACCCAGCGGCGCUACAGACCCCGCGAGGCCGGCCGGAUUCACUGGGCUGGCUCGCAGCAACACCGCGGGUGGUGCUGGAUUUCCAUCCGUGUGGGGUGCCUCAGCCUCCAACACACCCGUGACUGCGACAGGUUUCGGCGGCUUUGGCAACUUUGCCAUCGCCACACCUGGUGGGGUCGAGAAGGGCUUUGGGGCCAGUACCGGCUCCCGCUUCUUCUCCAGGAAGGAAGAUAAUGGACCUCCAGAAGACGCCGCCAGCGCCUCGAAUGGGAAUCAGCAAUGGACGUCUCGUUCCCGCACCGAUACGGACCCUUUUGUAGGGGACGUGGGCCUCAGCGGCAGCGCUGCUCUAGGCGGUGCUCGGGACACAAGCCCUCCCCCUAUGCCAACAACGGGACCGCAGAUCUUCGACACUCCAGCCAAGGGUACCACGGGCGACUUUGGCAUGUCAGGCCUCAGUCUAGGAACUGCCCGGGAGCGGAAUGCAUCUUCGGCUAGUCCCUCUCAGACCAACCCUUACCGGAGCCCUCCCGCAGAACGUGGAGACAACGAGCAUGGCGACUUUGGCUACGACAAGUCUCACCCGAUCGGCACGCAAUCCGAACAGAAUUCGAACUUUGGCUCAAUCCGCGGUUUCCCCGCCGCCGCGUUUGAGGGCAGUGACCGCAGCCAAACUUCGAGCGUAGGUGCAAAAAACUACCCAUCCCUGGGUAACAUAGGGGGUUGGCCCACUGGAUUCCCCAGCGCGACCCCCGACCGCGAGCGCUCUGCGUUUGGUGGCGCUUUCGGCAACUCUGUCUUCAGUCCCAUCGGCGGCGACAUGCACUCCCCUGGCUUGGGCAGCAUCGGAGGGCUCUUUGGACCAGGAAACGGUGGCCUUGGAGGAACGGGCUCUCUCAGAGGCAGCAGCAAGAUCCAGUCGCUGUUCCCUCCUGCCAUGCAAGCCCAGAUUCAGAAUCAAGAGACCGAGUCGCUGGCGGAUUCUGUUCCCGAUCUGCGACAGACCAACCCGCUGGGCGUUAUUGGGGCCGGAACAAUCGGCUCUCAGCGCGACACCGAUAGUCCUGGACCGAUGGCAGGUAGAAGCCUAGCAGACCUCUUUUCGGCACCUCAAUCAGUCAGCUCGCCUGGUCUGUUCACCACAGCCGAUCACAACCAGCCCCUGCUUGCCACUGCUCCACAAGGUCAUCCUUUUGGUGCGGCUCAACAGUCAACUUCGUUCACCCCUGAUCCUGUACCUACCGGACCUCCACAAUCUCAGGCAAGGACUAUGGUUAUGCCAGAUCGCAUGCGCUGGGUAUACAUGGACCCUCAGGGUCAACAGCAAGGGCCGUUCACCGGCCUUGAAAUGAACGAGUGGUAUAAGGCCAACUACUUCACGCAAGAUCUUAGGGUGCGCAAGGUUGAGGACCCGGACUUCGAGCCUCUAGGCCAGCUUAUUCGAAGGAUAGGCAAUUCUCGUGAGCCGUUCCUUGUGCCGCAGGUUGGCAUCCCUCACGGGCCUGCACCUCAGGCUGGCGCUUUCCCACCAGGAGGUGAUGCCCGAGGUGUGAUUCCGCCGCUACUUGGUGUUGUCCCUAGCUACGGCAAGACCUUGACGGCCGAGGAGCAGAACAAUCUGGAGCGUCGCAAGCAGGAGGAGCAGCUCGCUAUGGCCCGCCAGAGGGAGGUGAUGUCGCAACAGGGCCACUUCCGCAAUGUUCAUACUGGCCUCCCUGGUGCCCUACAGCACCAGGCCAGCAUGCACAGCUUGCAGAGUCAGCCAAGCUUUGGAAGUAUGACCUCGCCCAUCGGAAUGCCCCCUCAACCGCCCAUCGGCGGUGCGAUAGGUGCCCCCACGCCAGGCUUCUUCGAGCCGCCCUCGACUGUCAAUAAAGCUGCGGGCCUCCCGAAUGCCAUGAGCGCGGGACCAGACCAUCUCCGACAGGACAUGACAGAUUCAGAGCGCCAAUUGAUGGCAAAUUAUCACGGACCUGGUGGCGUCUCCGGUAUGUUCCUGCCUCAGCCUGUCGGUCCUCCUACAACAGACCUCAAGGGUCGACUUCCGAAUGUCGACCAACUGGAGAGGGAUCCCGAGGGGUUCAAAGAUAGACUGAAGGAAUUUCAGGAAUACCAAGGCAUACCCAACCAGCGCGCCGACGAGGAAGCCCAACCAGGCCUUUCUCCAAGUGGGCCAACCAGGGGACAGGCUGACGAAGCCGUCGCUGCGAAGCGUGCCGAGGCUGCUCGGGUGAUAAAGGAGGCCGCUCAGGAAUCUUUUCAGUCGCAGCCCGAGUUGAAGCACGCUGAGUCGCAGCAGAACCGACAGCCCCAACCAACGCAGAGCCUAUCUCUGACCCAACAGGUGCAAAAGGCGCAGGCCGAUGCUGCUCAGGCCGCCCACCGACAGGCGCAGGAGGAAGAAGCGUGGGCAAAGCAGUCCGCGUCCACCGGCCUUCCGAUGCCGUUCCCUCCGCCACCGUCAGCAGCCACGCACCUCCCUGCGCCGACUGCCCAGCGGCGGUCCAACAUCGCCGACCAGUACGCCGAGUCGCGCUCCCAGAGCCAAACUCCUGACAGUGCUACUGCGGCCCCGCCCCCGUUGGCACCUUGGGCUCGCGAUCCUGGUUCCGAUUCGCAGAAGGGGCCUAGCCUCAAGGAGAUCCAAGAGGCUGAAGCCAAGAAGGCGGCUAAGCUCGAGGCGGAGCGACGCGCCGCCCACGACAAAGAGGCUGCACUGGCCAAAGAGCGCGAAAAGGCCAACCCAGUCGUCCUUCCCGGGCUGCCUACUUCCAGCACUUGGGGCAGUGGAUCCCCGGCUCCGUCGGCGUCCAGCCCAUGGUCUAAGCCUAGCGCUGUCAAGGCGGGUGUUGUGGCGACACCCGUCACCCCAACCAGUGGCGACCGCAAGAAGACACUGGCCGAGAUCCAGCGCGAGGAGGAAGCACGCAAGCAGAAGGCGGUCAAGGAACAGACCUCGCAGACAGCUGCAGCUGCCGGUGCCACUGCCCUGGGCAAGCGAUACGCCGAGCUCGCCAGCAAGACCGGACCGCCGGGCAUUGCGACUUCCGCCGCUGCCGCCGCCAACGCUUCGCCCACUACGGCCAGCGGUUGGGCAACGGUCGGGGCUGGUGGCAGGGUCAAGAUACCCACUGCGCCUGCGUCUCAUGCCCCUCAGGGCCAGGGCAUUUCCCAGUCGCCGAGCCCCUCCACGGUUCGCUCCCCAUCAACUCAAGCACCCAAGGCACACGUCAAGCCCGCCACGACCCCGGUCACGAAGAGCAGCAGCACUGCUAGCGAAGCGCAGGGCGAGUUCCAGAAGUGGGUCAAGGCAGAGCUGACCAAAGGCCUCAACCCUGGCAGCCCAGUUGACGAGGUGACGGCGAUCCUGACGGGCACCCCUUCUUCUCCCGAUACCGAGAUGAUUAAGGACAUUAUCUACGGGUCGAGCUCGACCAUGGAUGCACCGCGCUUCGCGCAGGAGUUCAUGCGGCGAAAGAAGCAGGCAGACAAAGGCAUAUUCGAGCCUGCUGCAGCCGAGUCGAAAUCUGGGGCUGGCGCUGGCGGAUGGUCCGAGGUGGCUAAGAAAGGUGGCUCGACCAGCCAAGCCAAGGACAACGACGUCGUUGGUGCGGCGGGCUUCAAGGUCGUCCCUGGAAGGAAGAAGGGCAAGAAAUGA